AUGUCACCCAUUGCAAACACUUCUAAUCCUUAUAAUCACACUAUUAAUCCCACCGGAAUUUCUUCCAUUACCAAUGGAUUUGAUCCCGCUGGAAUUUCUUUUGGUCCCGCUGGAAAUAAUUUUGAUCCUACUAGAUUUUCUUCUGAUACUGCCGUGGUUCCUUCUGAACCCACCAUAAUUUCUUCUAGUAGUCACAAUGGAGUUUUUCCUAACCCCAAAAAAGUUUCUUCUAGUACCGUUGUUCCUUCAGGUUCCGCUGGACUUCCUUCUAAUAAAGUUGCUUCUAGUUCAGGAUCAUCAGGAAAAACUGGAAACCCUAAAGUAGAAUCUGAAAUACAUAACCUUUCAAAGGGAAAAUUACCAGAAAAAUUAGUACAUACGCAAAAUACUGUCAAAAUACAAGCAAAUAAUAACCUAUUACUUAAACAAAGUUGUUCUAAAGACUCUACAAAUAAAGUGUUUGCAACGCGUAGACCCAACAAGCUUAGAAAAAUACAGCCGAAACCUCCUCAAGGUAUCAUAAAAUUAGUUAAUAAUAGCGAGAGGUUUAUUACGAAAGUCACAGCGCCACAAGCUAUGAAAGUCUCAGAACAACAAACUACGAAGAUUACAGAACAACCAUCUAUGAAAGUCUCAGAACAACAAACUACGAAGAUUACAGAACAACCAUCUAUGAAAGUCACAGAACAACAAGUAAAGGAACGUCAACACCAGAAAUCAGAAACUUCUGUUCAAGAAUCUGAUAACAAUGAAAACUCAAAUAUGCGAUUACCGACCAUACAAGAAUUGGGGGUCUUUGAUGACGGACCUCCCCUGUAUCGACCGAUCGCAACUUAUCCAAUUAGUAUGAAAGUGAGGCAAGAACUUUUUGAAAAUAUGCAACUUUCACAGAUAAGGGAUGUUCCUUUGCAUUAUGCAACAAACAAAACAAGUGAAAGCCAAUCGACUGUUUGGACGAAAAUACCACGACCAACCUCACCACCUUUACCAUCCAAAACAUCAAUAUCAACAACAUCACCUUCAACCUCAUCGUCUUCACAGACAUCAAUAUCAACAACAUCACCUUCAACCUCAUCGUCUUCACAGAUAACCUCAUUAUCACAAGUAGGAACAGCUUCACCAUUACCGGAGUCAUCAUUUUCUAAGUUAAAUGUUACAUCAACCGAAUCUUCGGGAAAAAUGUUCACAUCAUCAUCGACGUCGAUGAAACAAAAAACAACAGAACCUUUACAAAGGGGCACUAUAACGUUGCCUCCACUAGUACUAACGGGAUCUUAUCCUGAUUACUCAAAACCUUCGAAAGUUUCAUCAGAGCUUACUUUUUCAAUAUCUGAUCAAGUCAUACAUCCAUUACAACCUGGGUUGAAUGCGUCAUGGAAUCGAUCCAUAUUUCCAUCGAUGCAAACACCAAAUGAACCUAUUAAUUUAAAUGAUGACUAUGUUACUAGUGUUAAACCAAAUGAAUGUGUUAACGAAAGUGAUGUAACUUUAUGUACUGACAAAAACGCUAAUGUAGAGAUAGUACAUGAUUUGUCGCAAGAAAGCACUUCAACAGAGAAGCUUGCAACGGAGAAAUUGCGAGGUUCCUCGUCGGAAUCUGCUCGUAAAUCUUCAUCUAAAAAACUCAAUAAGAAAGUACCUUCUUCGGUAUCAAAAUCAAAAACUACUUUUUUAACGAUGUCAACAUCAGAAUCUGAAUCAGACAGUGAUCAUUUGCCAACGCAAAUGACAGUUGAAGCAGUUGAAGAAGUUAAAGAGGUUGAAGAAGAUAAUGACGAACUGAGGGAUGAUAUACCUGAAGAAGUUACAAGUAUUAGGAAUAGCAAGAAAAGAUACCGAGAACACAAGAAUGAAUUUUCUACUGCCAUAGCAUCUUCCUGCGGUAUAAAGAGAGCAAAGAAGGAAAAGAGUGAAAAGGAAAAGAGGGAAGAGAAAGAUGAGGAAGAAGUUGUUGCUCCUAGAAGAGCUCGUCCGAUUAAUGAUAGGCGCUAUCAAAAGCCAAAGAAGAGAAUUACUCGAAAUGCUGCUCGAAAUGCUGCUCGAGAAGCUGCUCUAAUGGCAUUGAAUCCGCUUCCAAAACCGAAAAAUAUAUGGGUGAGGCGUGGUGUGCCCAAAAAUAAGAUUAAUUAUAAAAAUCACUAA